AUGCGCACGGCUGGGUUUCAAGAUGUCGACGAGAUGGCGACGACAUACUACACCGGCAAGUUCGAAAAGCGAAGCAUCCCCGCCAUCAUGCAAUGCUCCAGCCGUAGCCGCCAGCUGAAGCCGAUACUGGAGAAAUACAGGAGAGAGGCAGCAAGUGGCCGCGAUGAGAAUCGCGAGGCCUUUACUAAACGGCAGCCUGUCAGAAGCUACGGGUAA